AUGGGGUGUGAUUUUGGUGAGUUGAGUAUGACUGACAUUUUCCCUAGAGUGUUUAGGCCCCAGUGAGUCCCAUUCCUUAGCAUCCAUUGAUGGCUAUAUUAUCUCAGUGCCAGAACCGUACCAUUACUACUUGGCACUCACUGAAUGGAACUCAAAUUAGUCUCAUAAGACUCUGUCCUCUCAUAAAGGGCAAAUGUCCAGUCUUACUGUCGUCCUUGGUGUGCAGGGGCACAAUGACCAUAUUUUUCGCAUUGACCCUUUGCCUCCGGACACUUGUCUUUGCUGUGUAUUAGAUUGAAUACAUUUGUAAUUCAGUAGUCCAGACUCCUAGGUGUUAGAAAUAUUUAUCUUGUGCAUGUAGUUCAUGAAACCACAAUGCUUAUGUCACAUACUGUAACACGUUGACUUGUCCCUGAUGCGUGCGUUUCUCCCCUGUGGCCACUAGGUGCCGUCAGUGAUGUGGAGAUGCAGGAGCACUAUGACGAGUUCUUUGAGGUGAGUCAGUGAUGUUCAGCGUGUGGUAUUAUCGCACCGUAAGCCAAUUUGAAUGGAGUGGAUGAUGCAACUCAGGUCUACCUUGCAUCUCUUCCCUCCCCCUCCACACAGCCCAUGUGGGAAUCAUUGACAAAAUACUGAAACCUUUUUUCCCUUGUCUUUGUAAAGUGUGUUUUGAUCAUGUGUGGGAAAUGGACUUUGAAUUCAAAUAGUAUGUUUUAACCCUUCUGUCUGCCAAUCCAUCUCUCCCUCUGUUUGUCUUGCUGUAGGAGGUCUUCACAGAGAUGGAGGAGAAGUACGGAGAGGUGGAGGAGAUGAACGUGUGCGAUAACCUGGGAGACCAUCUGGUCGGAAACGUAUAUGUGAAGGUGUGUCACUGACCAUUGUGUGUGUGUGUGUGUGUGAUGGUGGGUUUUGUAUACAUUUGUUGAAGAAAACACACGUUCUCCUCUCAUUCAAUCACACUCUGUCAUUCUCUGCCUCUUUAGAACCUACAUUUGCACACACACUAACUCUGUGAUGGUCUCUGUGCAGUUCCGUCGUGAAGAAGACGCGGAGAAGGCAGUGAUGGAUCUGAAUAACCGCUGGUUCAAUGGUCAGCCCAUCCAUGCCGAGCUCUCUCCCGUUACCGACUUCAGAGAAGCCUGCUGCCGCCAGUAUGAGAUGGGGUUAGUACUCGACCGCAGGACCACACACACACCAUUUUCAGCUCAACUUUGCAUUAAAGGUGACACCUACACAAAUGAGUUGUAAUUAAGUUGAGUUAUUUCAACUAUAUAAAUGCUGUAGCAAGGCUAAAUCCUACCAAUGGCACCAAGUCCACACACCUUUCUCUCCGUUACUGAUUAGAUUUCUUCAUACAAGAGUUGCUGCCCCCCCCCCCCCCCAGUGCACUAACUGAGUUCCCCCUCUCUCCACAGGGAGUGCACUCGAGGAGGUUUCUGUAACUUCAUGCACCUGAAGCCCAUCUCUAGGGAGCUGAGGAGGGAGCUGUACGGACGCCGCAGGAAGAGGGGGUAAGCUCAGGCUCUCAGAGUCAACGCUAAUCAUAAAACUUAUGCUGCUUUCAAGUGCUAUCCGGAAUGCACGUUUCUGACUUGAUAAGGUUUUUCACAUAAGUUUAAGUGGGAAAUUCUCAUUUUGAGUUUAACUAGCUCCUUGUUUUCUCUAUUCCUCAGAGGGGGGCAUCGUUCUCGCUCCCGUUCCAGGGAACGGCGUUCGCGCUCGAGGGACAGAGGCAGGGGAGGUGGUGGUGGAGGUGGACGCGACCGCGAGAGAAGGCGCUCCAGAGACAGAGAACGCUCGGGAAGAUUCUAAACUGAGCAUCCACCACACAUCUAUCUCCAUUAUCACUCUCCAUCCAUCCCCAAAUCUCUCUAUCCUUCCCUCAAUUGCGGCCUAUCAAUUCACCCAUAUCCCUUUCAUAUAAUUGUGUCUCCAUGACCAAAAUGAAUUGGAAAAUGUUGGACUUGUUUUUUUUCUCAUCAUUUUUAUUCAAGGAAUGGAAACAUUUUCCUUCUCAAUAAAAAAACAACAUGAUUUGUACUCAUUUCUUCUAUCCAUUUCUUAUAAAUGGUUACUCUGGAAAACAGAAACAUAAAAUUUUUAUAGUGAACAGUUUUUAUAAUGAGGAACUGUUACUUUUGCCUUGAGUCAUCAUGCUUUAGACUGGGUUUACUGUAAGUGAGGAAAGUGAAAUACUUCCCAUAGACUCCUCCCUGAUUCCCAGUAACUUGACUCCCUCAGCUAAUUUCUCACUCAGAAUAUGCUCAGCUGUGAAUUGAGUGUUCACUUGGCUCAAAAAGACAGUUGGCAUAGAGUUUAAGGAUUAUCUCCUAAACCAAUGAGCUGUGAUUCUGAGUCCAUAUCGAACUCAUUUUUUCCAGUUUCCCAUGCCUACACUUGCCUGUUUGGAUUACAUCUGCAAGUACAUAUUAUUGACUGUGUAGACCUGUAAUUUUGGAUAAAUUGACUUGACUGGAGAGAGCGGACUCAAGGCCAUGGUGUGGUUGAAGUAACACAUUUAAAACAGAAUUCUUCUGGGUAUAUGUAUUUACAUUCAAUAUGCAAGAUGCAAGAGCAAGUUACAUCUCAGAUGCAAGGGCAUAGUACAAA